UCUCUCUACUCUUUAGCUCUCUCGAACCCCAAUUCAUUUCACACCCUAUACUCAUAAGAGUCAUGGCUUUCUCACGUGCCAUGCUCAUGCUAACCCUAAUGCUAGCUCUCAUAGCCACCUCCAUUGCUCAAGGCCCAAUGUCAUCACCACCAACAAUGCCACCACCAUCUAGCAGUGCUGCACCCCCCCCAAUUACAUCCACUCCGCCAACUGCCAUGACACCCUCCCCAGUUUCCCCCCCAGUCUCGUCACCUCCACCAAUGAUGUCCCCACCUUCUUCAGGAACCCCAUCAAUGAGCCCUGGCCCAAGUUCAAGCCCACCGCCUUCACCAAUGGCUCCGGGACCAGCACCUUCACUUGGACCACCAGCACCUCCAUCAAUGGCUCCUGGACCACCAGCUCCAGGCGGGUCGCCACCAGGAAAUGGAGCUUAUGUUCAUGGAAAUAGAAUGGCCUUGUCGGCAUUGCUUGGAGGAGUAGCAUUUCUGUUUGUUUAGUUACAACAUUUCAUGUAAGAGCUUAGCUUGAUGUAGAUUAUGUGAUCAUGAUGUUAUCUGUGUAUUCUUUUUGUCUUUUAACUUUGCUUUUCUUGUUUCUUCUGGAUGAUUCUUCGAUGAGCUGCAUUUGUUUUUGAAUGUUUUAGAUAUUUAAUUAAUUGUGCUGCAGCUCUUGUGUAGAAGCAUUUUGGCUUCAGCUGAAUAAAGAUCUUAUUCUUGAU